AUGGCUCAGAAUGUCGGAAGAAAAAAUAAGAAAUUGAAGCCUGUUGAAGACGAAGGUGUAAAGGAAACAUAUUUGCAACUUUUGGAAAUUAAAAACCGCUGCGAGCAACAGAGGCGAGACUUCAUCCAACCGGAAAAUCGGUGUAAACGUAAAAAAGCUCGACGCUCGAAAAAAAAGUCAUAUGAGGCUCGUUUGCAUCAACUUCUUGAAGAUGAGUAUCAAAAAUCUAUGAAAAAAGUGGAGAAGUGGCUGGAGUCAUGCGAACACCACCAACUCAAUGGACAACAAGGCAAUCAACUCUCCGACGACGAUGGUUACGACGAUUACGUCAGGGAGACACAAACGCCGCUGCUUGAACUUCAGGAAGAUCAUCAAGAUGAUUAUAGUUUCGACAACAACAGUGAUGAUGGCGAUGUGAUGAAGACGAUGAUGAAUAUGACGAGGAACUUAGAGAUAAAUGCAGAUUGUGAAAAAAUAAGACAAGAAACACUAUUCCGAAGAUCAAAACUCGUAACUCUAAAACUCUUCAGCAAAAGUUGGAUAAGGAGAGAGUAUGAGGAAGGAAGACAUAAAUAA